GUCUUGUCCUACCCGGUCUUGCUUCUGUCUACCUAUCUCGCCUGACGUCUGUCUGUCUAUCCCUCUCUCACUCUCACUCUCACUCUCACUCUCGCUUUCUCUUUCUCUGGCUCUCCAUUCUCCCUUCCCAUCCCAUCCACCUUCUCCGCAUCUCCUGUGUCACCCGGCAAAUUCCCCAGACAACAAUCCCUUUGUUUCGCCCGUUUCCUGUCCUCGCUUUACAUCAUCAGCAUUAGACCAUUGCGUCUUAUCGACAUACAGUAGCCCCCCCUCUCCCCAACCCCCUGCUCUCCUCUUCCUCUUCUCCUCCGCUUGCCGUCCCUUUCCCCUAAUUUUUGCUGCCGGAUCAUUCUCUUUCUCGCUUUUUUCUCUUUUCGAGUCAGCUUAUACCGUCUGAUCUUUUCUGCCUCUGCGCCAUCUUUAGUCUAUGCCCCUCCCCCUGGUUUCCCCCUACUGCCCACGAACGUCAACCAACACGAGAUAUACACCGCCUGCUUCCCGCCCAAAGCACACUUGCCCCCGAAGCAGGUGACUCAAUGACGGAAGGGUAAUUAUCAACCAUCACGAGGCUCAACUCUUAAGAGCGGAUGAUAACAAGGCCGAUAACCUCCGACUCGGCUGCCACAAGACGCCAUACUCUGUAUAUCCAGCUCCCUCUGUUCUUCCAAGUCUUCUCCCCGAAUCCCACAAUCAGUCGCGCAUUCCGGAGCGACUUGUCUGGACUACUGCUGUUGGGCUUGCGCAAAAGGUCCCCUUCUCCAGACUACACCCAUCCGAGGCAACCAGAAGCCAUGGUCGAAGCCACCGCCUAGCUCCUCCAUUUUUCGCACUGCAGCCCUGCCUCUCUGCCUGCUAACCAAACGCAACGCCCUUGGCCUGCUUGUGCGCCAUCGCUAUCGAAGCUCCGUUCCCCGCCCGCCCGUCCGCCCGCCCGCCCGCCUGCCUGCAUCGUCUCCACGCUGACGCUGCCCUGCCCGCCGUUACCUGCCUCGCAGUGCCUAUUUCCACAAAGUGUCCCCGCUGCUGGCCUCUGCGCCGUAUCGAGCCUCACUCUCCCUCCGCCAUACCGAGCCACCCUCCGCGGCCAAACGUUGCUGAAUCGAGAGACAUCGACGUCUUGGGUCACCCAUUCCUGUUGUCAUGAAGGAUGGAUGAGCAGGUUCGGUGCCACCCCGACGUCGACAUCGCGAAUCCCCUCCCGCAUCCUGCCUAGAGCCUCCUCUUCUUCUGCGAACCUGCACCGCACCGCAAUCCUAUCCCACUCGCCGCGGCGCCCACGAAAACAGGUCCUCGAAGUCUGUUCUCUUGUCCCUGGGACUGGUUGCAAUCCCGAGACAAGAUGCAUCAACAAGCUCGACCCGCCCCACGGGUCUCCUCCCCCGCUUCCGCCCCCCAAACGAAUCCCGCGCGGACGAACAAUCCGAGGGAAGGCAUCCUUGGUGCUCGUGAUAGAGCUAGCUCCGGAGCUUCUGGUCGCGACUCUGUUGCACCAUCACCCACUGCCGAAACGCCACCGGGCGCGGUGUCCGCCGAUGCCGUCAAAAAGCUGGAUCAGAUAAUCCAGAAUUUCCAUACCAAGGCCGCAUCGCUAGUUCUACAAUCUCGUAUGAAACUGAAGCCCAUAUACACAACUCGUGGAUCCGGCAACAAGAAGCUGAAUAAGUGGUUUCAAAUUGAGACGGAAGAGUUCGAUGACUUCAAAGAGGAACUUCGCAUUUGGCGAAACUGCGGUAGCUUCGAGAACAAGCCCUUACCCCUCAUCAUUGAAACGUAUCUCGACACCUCCCGCCUGACCCCGAGCCAGAGCUUGGUCAUCGUCGACGAAAAUGGAAAGAGGUGGGACGUGAUGGAAGCUCUCAACUCGUCUGAUUUGAGCGAUGACGGGCGCCCGGUGCCCUCGAAAAGAAAUACGGAGGUGGUUCUGGAGAGGUGGCGCAUCGAGUUGAAGACAAUACCCACUACAGACCUGGACGAUUUUGGCCCAACGUUGCCGACCAUCUACAAAAAGAGCAUUGUCUUCUUUCGGUCACUCUUUGUUGCGACAAGGAUCCUUCCCGGCUGGAAGUUCUCUCAGACCUCUUUGACGAAAGGCGUCCACCCAUCUUUGGAACCCCGGUGCCGUAUCCGGACCGGCGAGCCAGACACUGGCGGCCUCGACCGGCUAAGGCAUCCGUUGUACGACGGUCGGCCGGAUGUUGUGACCGACUACGUUUUUGGCGACUUGGAGGUGCCCGUCGGCCGCUUUUAUGCAUCUGUGACCUACAGAAAUGAAUGCAACUUCCGGGUGGAUGAUUCAGAGGCGCUCCUGAGUUCGCGAUUCAUGGGCGUCGACGAGAACUUCUUCAAACCAUCGCUGCCUCAACGGCGGGAGAGCACCCGAAGGAAUGACCCUGAGGUAGGGUCUCUUCCGUCUCAUAGACGGAGCCGGAAUUUGUCGGACAUUCACCAGACAUACGGCAGUCUUUCAACAUUUCACGGCGAUGGCCCCUUGGGUACCAGUCCUAUAUCUGCCCUUAAAGCCGUGAGACCCCCCGGUUCCGACACAAGCUCGCCACCGUCAUCCGUACCAACAGGUAACGUACCGAACCCGCCGAGCUCCCUGCCUGUUGCCGGCCUCGCAUCGAGACCGUCUAUGAAGGGCUUCGGUAGCACUGGCCGCCGGCCGUCCGUCUCGUUUCAACCCUUCAAAGCUGGUUCCCUGUCCGGUUCACCCGUUCCACGGAUGUUGGAUUCCGAAUCCCCUGCAUCCCCCGUCUCCCGCGCCGCGGCUCUCAACGCCCUCACGCAGCCUCGCAACCGCACAUCUCUGACAGCAGGGAUGCCUGCUUCUCUCCGAGGCGGUCCCCCGCCCGCCGAGACAGCCGUGGUAGGUUCGCCGCGGCCAUCCUCCACCAGCCGCUACAGUAGCAGCUUCACACAUCGCAAGGGACGGCUGUCGUUUGGUGGCGCCAGCAAGGCCGGCGAUGACGAACAGGGCAGCAGCGGACGACAGAGCCUUUCCUCCUCGUCUGUGGCUCAGCCUGGUUCGGGUCUCCUGGCCGAAGCGGGUGGAGGAGGCAGUUCGGGGUCUCUGCAAACCGACGAUGACCAGAUUUCCGACUUCCUGAAGGCUCUCGAUAGCAAGAAGACGCUCAAGAGCUUUGAGUCCGGCAAAAGGGGUGAGGGAGCGACGAACCGGACGGUUGCUCAGCUUUCGAGAUUCCAUCUUAUGAAGGAAUCGAACAAUGCCCUGACCGACUCCAUGACUUCGUCGAUGCAGAUGCAGCGCUCAUCGAGCUCAUCUAGCCGACAACUCUCGAACGUCCCCAGUAUGGCUGCGCCAGCGUCCGUGUCAGUAUCCUCUUCGCCAGGCAAGCCUUUGUCUCCCCAUACCCCUCACACGCCUGCCGUGCCUUCUCGCCUAAGCGAAAACUCCAUCAUCAACUACAACACAAGUCAACCUCGGAGCGAGCGAACAAACCCGAGUGCGGAAAACACCCAGCUCCCCAGGGAAGACACCAUUACCCAGGAUGGGACUACAGCUAUCGACAUUCCCAUCUCGCCCAGAAUUGGCACACAUCCGCGACGAUCCAGCUCGGUGGCUCAACAGAAUCGCGCCAUGGUGGACGACGACGACGGCGACCUCGCCUUUGCUGCGAAUCGCAGCAUCAGCUUGGGCGCGGAAGACCGCGAGCCCCCCACGCUUAGUAUGCUGUUGGGUAGACAAGCUGAAGCUGAGUCGUCGGCUCGCCGGUCUGGCACAUCGCUGCAACCCGUGUCGGACGUACCGUCCUCGGGCUCGGCGGACAUGAUGAGACAGGGUUCAUCGGAAGGCUCUAAGCCUCCCGGUGGCUUGAUGGCUGUUGCCCCUUCCAGUUCACCCUUUGGCAGACGCCGGUAUGCCGGCAUGCCAUCGUCGGGUGGACGGGGUCAGACCCCGCCUCAGUCAUCAAGGGGCAGUUUCACAGGCUCCAGCGGCCGUUAUGGACGUGGUGAACAUGACCUGAUGGACGAGGAGCCCCUUCUCUUUGACAUGUCAGAGAUGGACGCGCAGUCGCGGAGAAGCCUGGAGGAGGGACGAGGCGGCGGUAAUGUCGGGUCUGGGUCGGGAAGUCGCGCCGACUUUGAGCCUCGUGGCAUUAGCCGACGAGGCUGGUGAGCGGAGAGUGGAAUGCAAUGAUGGCCUUCGCGAACGACAUGAUAAAGGGGGCCAAUAAGACCAAGAGUCAUACAUUUUCAUUAUUUAUUUUCCCAUGUGGUAUUAUGAGAUCACGCUGAAGAGGCGCGCAUUUGGUCCAGAAGCCCCCAAUGACCCGAAGCACAAGAGUUUACGAGGAGAGAAGAAAAACCUGCCCCGAGAAUCGAUUUGCUUCCCAUUACACAAGAAUAUACAUCAUGGAAGUUUGGCGGGAUAGGGGUUCGCGGCGUUGGAUUGGCAUGGGAAUGAGAAGACUUGGUUUUGUUUUUACCAUAGCCGGCAAAGAAGGCUGGGGGCUGACACUACGGCUAGGCAGGUACGAUAGAGAAUGCAUAAAGAACUGUCAU